CACCCAACCAAAAAGACCCAACUCAACUGUAUCCGCCACGUGUCAAACACCCAUUACUCCCAUGCACUUUAAAUUAACCAAUACACCUCAGUUCCACUUAAGUUUGAAUGAACCUUGAUGUCCCUAAUUGUAGCCAUUGACAUGAAAAUUGAAUAAAUGGUUAGGGAUAGGGGACCAACUAACUGUUUCAAAUGGUUACCUUUUAAAACUGCCAAUUCCUCUCGGCCUCACUUUUCUCUUUACUUUUAGGGUUAAACAGUAAACAGUUUCUUUUAAUUCUGAUCAUCUCAAUUCCCAAAACAAACCCUAGUUCAUCGCCAUGGAAGGAGGUGAGUUGCAAGACUGGGAGCUUCUAGUCAACUCUGACACAGAAGCAGUUAAUUCACCUAAUUCUCUCAACAGUAAUUCAAGGAAUUUUGAGGAAAUUGAGGCUGAUUCUGAUGGUGUUCUCAGGUUAGAUUACUUCUCUCUAGAAAAUGAUAAUAAAUAUGCUAAAACUGUUGCUGCUGUUGUUGAUGCUAGCGAUGAGGGUUCUGUGGACUCUGAUAAUCCAAGCUGGAUUGAUCCUGGUCCUGAAACUAGGUUUAAUCAGAUCAAUAAUUCUGGGGGAUUUUGGUCUGAUUCGGGUAGUGAUCGAUCCGAUGAGAGGAAAAUUGGAGACUUUGAUGUGAAAAAUGAAUUGGGGCUUGUUGAUAAUGCGAAAAUAGAAAGUGGGUUUGGAAUUGGCGAAAUUGAUUGUAAGGAUGGCAAAGAUGGGGGAUUUGAGUGUUGUGAAGGUAGCUUUAGUUAUUUGGAAGGUAAAAACGAUUUGGGUAUUGUUGAUAAUGUGAAAAAUGAUGCGGGUUUUGGAGAUUUCGGAGAAAAACAUGGCAUGGAUAAGGAUUUGGGAAAUUUCUGGUCUGAUUCUAGUGGCGAGAGUCUUGUUUUUGAUGAUGCUGGGAAAAUGAAUGAGGGUUCUGAGAUUUCGGGUGAAUCCAGUGCCCGAGAUCAGGCGAAGGAAGAGAAUUUGAGUGUUGUUGCAGUUGAAGAGAAGAAAGGAGAAGCCGAUGAGGGGAGGAGGAAGAUGGUGUGGUGGAAGGUUCCUUUUGAGUUGUUGAGAUACUGUGUUUUCAGGAUGAGUCCUGUAUGGACUUUCUCUAUGGCUGCAGCUGUGAUGGGAUUUGUCAUCUUAGGACGGAGAUUGUACAAGAUGAAGCGCAAGGCAAGGAGCUUGCCGCUUAAGAUCACUGUGGAUGAUAAGUUUAUGAGUCGUGCUGCACUUCUUAACGAAGCAUUUUCAGUGGUGAAACGAGUCCCUAUUGUGAGGCCAUUGUUGCCAGCCGCUGGGGUGAACUCAUCAUGGCCUGUGAUGACUCUCAGAUAAAAUUAUGGCUGUAUUUUUAUAAGCAUUACAGGAAAACGAACAUAUUUAAGAUUUUAUGUCACCGUGCUUGCCUUGCUGUGUAAAUCUUAGAUUUCGAUUUGUGCUUGAACUAUAUGUAUAAAUUCCAGACAGCUUUUGAUGGAUGAAAAUCUUUGGUUUAGUAAGGCCAAUGAUUCUUUUCCAGUGAGGUUUAAUAUGUAUACAAUAUUUGUGCAAUGUAAUAUUAGAUCCAUAUGUUAGCUUAA